AUGAGUAACAGCCCUGUGUCCCCUGCAGGAGUCACAAGCCAGGAGGAGCUGCAGGUGAUCCAACCUGAGACGGUGUCGGUCGCCGCUGGAGAGACAGUCACUCUGCCCUGCCAGCUCUCUUCUCUGCAUCCCGUGGGGUCCAUGAAGUGGUUCAGGGGGACUCUCCCAAAUCGCCAGCUAAUCUAUGAUUAUAAAGGAACCCAAGACAAACGACACCUCUUCCCCCGAGUAAGAAACGCUACAGACCCCACCAAGAGAGACAACUUGGACUUUUCCAUCCGCAUCAGUAACAUCAUCCCAGCCGACGCCGGCACCUACUACUGUGUGAAGUUCAGCAAAGGAAGUCCUGAUGACAAGGAGCACAAGUCUGGUCCUGGGACUCGGGUGACAGUGAGUGCCCAGCCCUCUGCUCCACUGGUAUUGGGCCCCUUGGCAAGGACCACACCUGGGCAGACGGUGCCCUUCACCUGCGAGUCGCACGGCUUCUUCCCCAGAGAUGUCUCCCUGAAGUGGUUCAAAAAUGGGAAAGAGCUCCCAGCCCUGCAGACCGAGGUGUUCCCGCUGGGCGACAGUGUCUCCUACAACAUCUCCAGCAGGACCCAGGUGACGCUGACCACAGAGGAUGUCCACUCUCAGGUCAUCUGUGAGGUGGCCCACACUACCUUGCAGGGCUCUCUUCGUGGGAUGGCCAACUUGUCUGAGACCAUCCGAGUUGCACCCACCUUGGAGGUGACCCAACUUCCCAUUCAAAGGAGCCAGGUGAGCAUCACCUGCCAGGUGAAGAAGUUCUACCCCAAGAACAUAGACCUGGCCUGGUUGGAGAACGGAAAUGUGUCUCGAACCGAAUCGGCCUUGCUCCUCAUGGAGGAUAAGGAUGGGACCUACACCCUGAAGAGCUGGAUCCUGGUGAACACUUCUGCCCUCAGGGAGGACGUGGUGCUCACCUGCCAGGUGGUGCACGACGGGCAGCCCGCAGUCACCAGAGAGCAGACCCUGAGGCAGGAGAACACAGAGGACAACCCUGACCUGAGGAAUCCAUUUUGCCUCCUUGAAGCUUUCCUGCUGGGCUUCAAGGCACUGCUGGUGGUUGCUGUAUCUGUCACCUACGUCUACAGGAAGAUGCGCGCCUGA